AUGGACAACAUCGACGAGGAAUGUGACCGGCUCGUUGAACACCUUUACGACUGCGCGAAGAAGGCUGAGAGUUCUAAAACCACUAAGAGACGCCUGCCUCUUGAAACUCUUGAGCUGAUACAUCAGCGUGGAGCCGCAGGGAACCAAGAACUCACGUCCGUGCUCGCAAGGCUUUGCAGAGAGGCGAUAAAGGAAGAACUUAAAGAGAGAAGGGCAGAAGUGCUGGCUGAUGCUGCACAGGCGGUGAAAAGCAUCCGCUAUGCCCGUCGAGACUUCGCCAGUCGCACGACGAGGAUGAUCGCUCUCCGACCCCAAAGGGAACAACCAUUGCAUCGAGAAGGGGGUUGGAGAAAAUCAUCUACGACUUCUACUCAAGAAACGGCAAAAUGGCUUAGAUGA